UCGCGACAUCAACCAGCUUCGACUCCAGCAUCCGCCAUAAUCUGAGUCUGUGCUACUCAUCCCGUUAGACUCGAACCUGCCGUCGUCUGCAUUCAGCCACAAUGCGCGAAAUUGUGCAUUUGCAAGCCGGUCAGUGCGGAAACCAGAUCGGAGCUAAGUUCUGGGAGGUGAUCAGCGAUGAGCACGGAAUUGAUCCGACCGGUACCUACCACGGGGACAGCGACCUGCAGCUGGACCGGAUCAGCGUCUAUUACAAUGAGGCCACAGGUGGGAAGUAUGUGCCCCGUGCCAUCCUUGUGGACCUGGAGCCCGGAACAAUGGAUUCAGUCAGGUCCGGACCCUUUGGGCAGAUUUUCAGACCAGACAACUUUGUCUUCGGCCAAAGCGGCGCUGGAAACAACUGGGCCAAGGGCCACUACACGGAAGGCGCCGAGCUGGUGGACUCAGUUUUGGAUGUGGUGAGGAAAGAGGCGGAGAGUUGCGACUGCCUCCAGGGUUUCCAGCUGACCCACUCCCUGGGCGGCGGCACCGGCUCCGGCAUGGGCACGCUUCUCAUCAGCAAGAUCCGGGAGGAGUACCCGGACCGCAUCAUGAACACCUUCAGCGUCGUGCCCUCGCCCAAGGUGUCAGACACUGUGGUGGAGCCCUACAACGCUACGCUGUCUGUUCACCAGUUGGUGGAGAACACCGAUGAGACCUACUGCAUUGACAAUGAAGCUCUCUAUGACAUCUGCUUCCGCACACUCAAACUCACCACGCCCACUUACGGAGACCUCAACCAUCUGGUGUCGGCCACCAUGAGCGGUGUCACCACCUGCCUCCGUUUCCCCGGCCAGCUCAACGCCGAUCUCCGUAAACUGGCGGUCAACAUGGUGCCCUUCCCUCGGCUGCACUUCUUCAUGCCGGGCUUUGCUCCGCUCACCAGCCGCGGGAGCCAGCAGUACCGCUCUCUGUCGGUGCCCGAGCUCACCCAGCAGAUGUUCGACGCCAAGAACAUGAUGGCCGCCUGCGACCCGCGCCACGGCCGCUACCUGACCGUGGCGGCGGUGUUCCGUGGCCGUAUGUCCAUGAAGGAGGUGGAUGAGCAGAUGUUGAAUGUUCAGAACAAGAACAGCAGCUACUUCGUCGAGUGGAUCCCCAACAAUGUGAAAACCGCCGUCUGCGACAUCCCACCCCGCGGGCUCAAGAUGGCCGCCACUUUCAUCGGCAACAGCACCGCCAUCCAGGAGCUGUUCAAGCGCAUCUCCGAGCAGUUCACCGCCAUGUUCCGCCGCAAGGCCUUCCUCCACUGGUACACCGGCGAGGGCAUGGAUGAGAUGGAGUUCACAGAGGCCGAGAGCAACAUGAACGACCUGGUGUCCGAGUACCAGCAGUACCAAGACGCCACCGCCGAGGAGGGCGAGUUCGAGGAGGAAGGCGAGGAGGAAGUCGCCUAGAGUCCCUCACCUCGCCUCACCCGUCCCUCCCCCUCCCUCACACUAUUCUCAUUGCAUAAGUUCCGCCACACUCGUUCAUUAUCUAGGUCAGUGUUGUUCUGGUGUUGUGAUUGCUGAUACUAGCUUCAGAUGUUUUUGCUCAUUCUCAUUGCACUGAAUUAUUUACGCCCUUCUCAUCUGCACUGCCAUUGUCUUGCUGGAACAAAGCAAGCUUGUUCGACUGUGAAGCCUUCGGAUUGGAAAUGAAAUAAAAUCUGAUGA